UCGUUGUUCCAGUUACGAUUGCCCGCGACAUGCUUUUACCGAUACUGCACUAGCACCAGAAUGCCUCGAUAGAACUUUCGCUCCCAUCUAGAGCACCUAACGCCGUUUUACAGCUCGAUUCUCCAACCGAUCGAUCACUUUGGGCGACCUGAAGAUGCAGCUCUCUCGUCUACUAGAAUUGCCAACGCUGUUGGCCGCGGCUCUCCUCGCCGCCGCGCCUCCCGUCACAGCAGAACACACUAGCAACUGGGCCGUCCUCGUUUGCACUUCGCGUUUCUGGUUCAACUAUCGCCAUCUGGCAAAUGUUUUGUCCAUGUAUCGCACCGUCAAACGCCUUGGAAUUCCCGACUCGCAAAUCAUCCUUAUGCUGCCUGAUGACAUGGCAUGCAACCCACGGAACGCCUUCCCCGGAACCGUCUACUCUAACGCCGAACGCGCCGUCGACUUGUAUGGCGACAAUAUUGAGGUUGACUACCGCGGGUACGAGGUCACGGUUGAGAAUUUCAUCAGGCUGUUGACAGAUAGGGUGGGCGACGAGAUGCCGCGGAGUAAGCGGCUCUUGACCGAUGACCGCAGCAAUAUCCUAGUCUAUAUGACGGGCCACGGCGGCAACGAGUUUCUCAAGUUCCAGGACGCAGAGGAAAUAGGGGCCUUUGAUCUUGCAGAUGCCUUUGAGCAAAUGUGGGAAAAGAAGAGAUAUAACGAGAUACUUUUCAUGAUCGACACUUGCCAAGCCAACACAAUGCUUACCAAGCUCUACUCGCCAAACAUCAUUGCGACCGGAUCCUCUGAACUGGACCAGUCCUCAUACUCGCAUCACGCCGAUAAUGAUGUUGGUGUUGCCGUUAUCGACCGCUAUACAUAUUACAACCUCGACUUUCUUGAGAAUGAAGUCAAGGACAUCAACAGCAAGAAGACGAUUGGUGACCUUUUCGACAGUUAUACUUUUGAAAAGAUCCACUCACACGCUGGCAUGCGCUACGACCUCUUCCCAGGCGGAGCGGACGCAGCACGAGCAAAGCUGCUGACCGACUUCUUUGGGAAUGUGCAAAACGUAGAGGUUGAUGGGAACGUAACCACGGGCUUGGACGAGGACUUGAUUGCCUUGAGCAAGAAAAUCGCUGCGCUCAAAGCCAAGGCUGAAUCCGAGGAAUCUGCUGCCGUCGCGGAGAAUCGUGAGGCUUCGGCCGCUGCUGCGCCAAAAGACAACCAGUCUCUUCCCAAGAGGUCUCAGAUCACCAAGCCUCUUACUGAUGACAACUAUUGGACCAAGAAGAUUAUCAGCGCUACUGCAAUUUCUGGGUGCGCUUUGCUCUGGGGCUUGAGCUCUUAUUUGUAGAUCCAGCUUACAGAAUUUCAGCGACAACAUUUGAUCACUUCCUGGGCAUGGUAUGACGAACUUAGUUCUACUGCAUGAGGAAACGGAUCGCAUUUAGAGUAUGGUGUGCCAAGUUACAUUUGGUAACACCGUCAUGCUCACAUCUAGUCGUGCCCCAAGACUUUCGAGAAAGCCACCACUACGAAGAGUAUCUGAAACAAACAAGUCUCCUUUGACAUAAGUGCGAGGCGAUGGAGAGCGAGCUCUGCUGGAUUGGUUCAGUUCGAGAAGCACAGGGUCGCGGCAGUCAACAACAGACUGGGCCGACGGGUCUUGAAGUGAGUACUCAGGGUAGGGCAGGCUUGAGAUUAUCAGUGGCAUGCGCGCACCUUUUUCUUUCAAGAUGUCAUGGAUGCAUCUACUACUGUACCUUGUUUGGACAAUCCUAUGCAGCUGGCCAACACCUCAAGAAAGGAAGGCUGAGGAGACGGGAAACGAAGAGUUGAUGAACUAAAAGAGCCUUUUUUUUCGUAUGCAACGAAUAAGCUUUUUUGUAAAUAUUAUCAAAUUAAGUAUUCACAUUCAUGUUCGUUUUGAGAACAUUGACCCUUCAG